AGAAUUGCGUCGCAAUGAGGCCGCUCUCUAUCACCGUCUCGUAAAGCUGUCUCCGCGUUGUUCGGAGGUGUCCACUGCUUUCCCCGCAAGACGUCAGCGCAAUCGCAAGUGACACACGGCGGGCCGUCCACACGACGCCAACGUCCACGCUAAACCUGUAUUUCUCUCCCGGCAUGCUGGACAGUACCAAGCAUACCGACCGGCAGGAGCUCACUAAUGCGCUGCCAAUGUCAGCGACUUGCGUAGUCGCGUCCCCGCCGCAUCCCAAAUGUCAGACACGCAUCCUGACCAAGCGCGUCGUUACGAGAGCGGGCCCCCGCGCACUGCGAGGCGGUCCCACGGCAGCACCGACGUUCUCGCAGUCCGCACGUCCGCCCGCGUGGGAUCGCCUCCCGACCGGCCGCGGUGCCGGCUCUGCUCGAAUCGUUCGCUCGCUCCCGCGCCCGAGCACCGUUUCGAGCGGAGGGACGAUCGCUGCUGCCGCGGUACCAGUAAGCGGCGGGUGGCCCUGACUAGCCAUCGUCAGAACUCUCAUGGAGGUGCUUCUCGCUGUUGACGCACCUCGCGUCUCGCACGCAGAAAAUCUCAGUGUAUGUAGCCUCGUCUAGCCUCCCUAGCGUGCAUCGCGCGGCUUUGGCCUCGCUUGAGAGUUGCGAAGGUACGGUGGAUGAGAUCAUUGAUGGCUCCAUGACUCUCGGGGAUUGCCUUCGCUUGGAAUCCCCCCGCGAGAGAGGCCUGGACACAUGCGCACUUGCUCUUGUGUUUAGCGCUGCGCUUAUGCUAGGCGAAUCGUCAUACUUAGCUGAUUCUGCAAUUAGCGUGUCUCGUUCCAGUCCGUCGUUCUGUUCUCAAUUCUCGUCGUUCCAUGGCGCAGGUUGCCGACGUCCGCUACGCAGUCUAAAGGCUAAAUUUGGCUGGGAGGAACCGGCACCGCGGAGACUUUGCUUAUCUGCGUCGCGGACGCAAAUGGCCACACCGUGGCGGCGAGUGCGGCGGGCGAUGCCUGCUGAGCUCUUGCAUUUUCAUGGCGCCGUGUUCACCUCUCACCUAACUUCUGUGCCUUGAUUACGAGCGAACGUGCUUGACGGGACUUGUGCGGGCGCGCUGCGGGAGCAUCGUUACCACCCCUUCUAGGUCGGGCUUGGCAGGACGGGGGUUUGCACCGGUGGAGACCCAUUGGUCGCUGAUUGGGCAUCAUCAUGGGAAGGGUAGCACCGUGUCAGAGCCGCUGCGAUCAUGUUCGGAGCUGAACAUACCUGAGGAGGGAGAUGUCACCCUGAAAAGUCGGGACAUCCUCGGAGCCGUCUUCGUGCAAUGCUCCCUUAGCGACUUGGCGAGGGAUAGACGGCACGAAAGUGGAGAGGAGGCCACAACGCUCGCUCCUUGUCAGGCCCGGUUCUGCCGUUCUUCGCUGAUCUGCCUUUCUCAACAGAGCUAGACACU